AUGCCCAAGGAACACAAGAAGCGCGGCCGCCGCGACGAGCAGAAGAAGCGCAAGCGGGACGCCGACGACGAUGCCACGGCCAAGCGGCACAAGAAAGACGAUGUCGAUGCCCAAUUCCAGCCACUCGAUGCUGCUCACCAGCUGCAUCAUGGCGGCGUCGGCGAGGACGGGGAGCUGACCCGCCCGGGCGAGGUGCAGUUCUAUGGCAUGCUCGACGAGGACGAGCAGGAAUUCUUCAAGAACGUCGACGACCAGCUCGACCGCAACGAGUUUGCCUCGCCCGACGAGCGCGCCCAGUGGCUGAAGAAUGUCUUCAAGGAAGCAGAGGGCAAGGAACUCAAGAUUGCAAACAGCCAGUCCUGCUCGCGCGUGCUGGAACGCUUGAUCCUCCUCUCGACCCCAGGCCAGCUGAAGAACAUCUUUGAGAAAUUCAAUGGCCACUUCCUCAACCUCGUCCAGCAUCGCUUCGCCUCGCACUGCUGCGAAGCGCUCUUCCUACAAGCUGCACCCGUCGUCACCCAAGAACUUGCAAACCCAGAGCGCUUGCAAACCCCGCCAUCGUCGAAUCCCGACCACAUCUUCGUCUCCAUGGAGAACCUCUUCCUCUUCACCCUCGCUGAGCUCCAGGAACAUCUCGGCUUCCUCAUGACGGACCGCUUCGCUUCACACGUGCUGCGUGUGCUGCUCGUCGUCCUUUCGGGCAGCCCACUGGAAAGGCAGUCCAAGUCUGUGCUACAGAGCAAAAGAAAAGAAAAGGUCGACGUCACUGGCGCCGAAAAGGGACGAGAAUGGCUAGCCGAAAAGAGGGCUGUGCCGCAGUCUUUUCUAGAAGCUUUGGAAAAGGUCAUCAACAACUGCGUUUCUGGAAUGGAGCCGCAUUACCUCCGCUCGCUCGCCACACACCCAUUGGGCAACCCGACGCUGCAGCUGCUCCUCAAGUUGGAGUUGUCGCACUUUGGGAAAUCUCGUGCCAAGGAUGAAAAGUCACUCAUUCAUAGACUGUUGCCUGAUGACCCCAUUGCCGAAGGAACCGACAGCGCGGCUUUUAUCAAUGGCCUUGUCUACGAUCCCAUCGGCUCGCGCCUUCUAGAAACCAUUAUCGAAAAUGCCCCUGGCAAGCUCUUCAAGGCCAUCUAUGGUGAAUUCUUCAAGGAGCGAAUGGGGAGCCUUUCUCGUAACGAGAUCGCGGGAUACGUGGCGGGGAAGAUCCUGGAGCGGCUCGGCAAGGAUGACUUGGAAGAAGCAAUGCGCCAAAUCGUGGAUCAGAUCCCCAGUCUGGUGGAGCGGAACCGAACCGCCAUCAUCAAGACACUUAUUGAGAGAUGUGUAGCACGCGGGGUCGACACUGCAUCCAUCAAAGCGCAAUUGGAGACUGCCUACGGCGGAUCCAACGGCUUCGAGGUCAUACGUAUCCUCAAGCUGAGCGAAGAAGACGGGAAGCCGGGCGGGGAGCACAAGCAACAGUCACCAGAAAAGCUGCAUGGGUCGCUUUUGGCACAGACGAUGAUGUCGGUCGAAGGUCCUCUGGGAAAUCUGGUCUUCGACUCCCUGGCCAACCUGUCACCAGAGCUGUCUGUACAACUUGCCCGUGAUCCCCCAGCAUCAAGGACAUUGCAAGCAGCAUUGACUUCGCCAAAUGCCUCGGUGAUCUUUCGUCGCAAAAUGAUCCAGCAGUUUUACGGAAAAGUCGGUGAAUUAGCGCUCGAUCCCUCUGCAUCCCGCGUCAUCGAUGCGAUAUGGAAUGGCACCGCGGGUCUGGCAUUUAUCCGCGAGCGCAUUGCCGAAGAGCUUGCAGAAAACGAAGGAUCACUGCGGGAAUCCUACGUCGGCCGUGCCGUAUGGCGCAACUGGCGAAUGGAUCUGUACAAGCGAAAGCGCAACGACUGGGUCAAGCAGUCUCGCUACACUGCUGGCAACGACGGGUUCCAGAGCUUCCCCGAAAGUGAUGGGGAUGCUUCGAAUUCACAGACCCGAGCAGGAAAGCACAUGACGGCCAUUGAGCUGGCACGACAAAAACACGCGGCGGCGAAAGCAGCUGCCCAAGGCAAAAAGGACAUGAAGAAGGAGAAGACAGAACGCCACGGGACUGGAAGUAAUUCCAGUGCCGUUGGUACCAAAGGCCGCGUAGUGGCGCAAUAA